AUGAUUCCGCUGUCUGGUCGCAACAUCUCAACAUUGAACAACCGUCGGCGCCACCCCAAGCACAACGCGGCACCUCAUGAGGUUCAAAUGGUGUCGAGCUGUCAAUCAAUCGUCUGGACCCAUACGUCAAAUAACAAGGCUAUGCUAUGUCCAUGUCCCCAUGCCCAGCGGGUUAACGCCACCAUUUCACCUCCGGCGCGCAUUAACUGGGGACCAGUCGACUUUCAGCCCACCAUCGCCCGUUGCGUCGUCGUCUCAUGCCCAAAGGCCCUGCUUCGACUUUUUGGCCGCUUUCCUGCGCUCUCCAUCUCGUCCUUAUAUCUCGCUUCUUCCCAGUCGCAAUCUCCAUCGCCUACAUCGCCAACUCGCCUCUCCUGCAUUCCCUCGCCCUCUCAGUUCCCUUCUGUCUCGUUCUGCCAGCACAGCGUCAACGGAUCAACCGUCACAGAGUCAGAGCCACAGAGCCACAGAACCGCCAUGGACUUCUCGUCGCAACCGUUCCCCUUCACGGCUGGCCAGCCCUACCAGUCCUUCAUGAGCGUUCCCCCACUGACGCCGUCCAACUCUCACUCUGCGGGCUCCGACGAUUACAACACCGCUUCUCCUGCAGAUGGUUUCGACGGUAUUCCCAAUACCGACCAGUUUCAAGGCUUCGAAUACAACCAAGGCUUCCAUAACCCUUCUCAACACCAGACUCCAGGUUUUCCUGGUCCACCAACUCCUCCGAAUCCUGCGACAUAUACAAGCCAGCAAUCAAUCUCACAGCUUCAUCAAGCUGCUAGCUCGAAUGGCCCCCUCAAUAGCACCUUGUCGGGAGCCAGGUCCGAUGGCGCUGAUGACAACAGUCAUACUCGAGGGGGUAGCGACGAGGAUGAGUCCCUGACACCUGCCCAAUCGCGACGCAAAGCGCAGAACCGUGCAGCACAACGUGCGUUCCGUGAACGGAAAGAGAAGCAUGUCAAGGAUCUGGAAGCAAAACUUGCCCACAUGGAAGCGGCGCAGCAGCAGGCGUCGGUCGAGAAUGAGAGACUCAAGCGUGAUUUACAAAAAGUUUCAACAGAAAACGAGAUCUUGAGAGCCACGUCGUCAGUGACCAACGGACAUCAUAUUUCGCACUCACCCGAACCAACAACAACCGGCCCCAUGAGGUAUAAUCCUACCGACUUUUAUUCCAACGUUCUUCAAAACCACAAGAACAAGUCCCCCUCACACCGUAUUGUCACUUCUGACGAUGGGGAGCGUUUGCUCGCUGCUGGUGCAGCUUGGGACUUUAUCAUUGACCAUGACCUCUACAAACGAGGUCUAGUCGAUGUUGGUGAUGUCAGUGAAAGAUUGAAAUCGUGUGCCUUAUGCGACGGACAAGGCCCUGUCUUUUCGGAGCGCUCGAUUGUCUAUGCUAUGGAACAAAGCGUGGCAAGUGGCUCCGAUGACCUUUUAUAG